UUUUUUCUCAUCUCAAUAUGUUGAUUUGUUUAAAAAUCUCAGCUUUUAGGUGUUAGAUAAGUGAUAUUUUCCCAAAUCCUUGAUGCUCCUAUUGUUUGUGCUCUAAAGUAGGGAGCUUUGCUUCAUAAGUGAUCAAGAGCUCAUAUUCGUACUCUUUAAGAACUAAUGGAAUCUAACCCAACAAAAUUUAUCAAGAGCUCUACCAAUAUCCCGCAUUUCGUUCUCCGCUUCUCGAAGCUCUGUAAACCCAAAAUCACCGGGGUUUCGCCCUCUGUGGAAAGCCCGAAACCAACCCGUGAUUCCUCUUUCGAGAGUUGUAGUGCCGAGGAGAUUAGCGAUGAUAGUUGGGGCCAGAAGGUUCACCCGCACCCGCACCCACACCCAACUGAGGAAACAUUGUGCGCAAGCUCAGGGUGUUUAGAGGAAGCUGUGAUCUUGAAGCUUUUUGAAGAAAUCUCGGCGCUUAAAUUGGCCUAUGUGCAAUUACAGCAAGCCCAUAUCCCUUACGAACCUAAUAAGAUUAAGGUAGCCGAUGAAUUGGUGUUUUCUAAGCUUGAAUCGCUCUCCAAGUUGGAGGAUUUGUAUAUGAGAAAAGCAAAUUACAAGCCCAUUUCUCGAUCUUCCAUUGAUGUAGAGAUUCAGGAGUGCCGAAAGUUAUUGAUGAAGUUACAAACCAUGCUUCAAAGUAAAGAGUCGGAUAUUCUCCGUUUGAAAGAAGAAGUCAAUGAAAUGAAUCAAAAGAAUCGUGAGUUGAAGGAGAAAAUUGAGGAGAAGGUGAAGAAGAAGGCGUCAUUUGAGGAGGAGGUUUUCGUGCUUCGAAAGGAAUGGACGCCUAGUUUGUUAAACGAUGUUGUUAAGUUUGCAUCCAAAUCCAUCCAUGACUUUGCCAAACCCAUGAUUAGCUUGAUGAAAGCUUCUGGGUGGAACCUCGAUCAAGCCGUUAAUUCGAUAGGUGCAGUUGUCUACGAGGAAAGAUCACACAAGAAAUAUGCAUUUGAAGCCUACCUCGCCCGAGUUAUGCUCGACGAAUUUCGAGAGGAAUGCUUUUCCAUUGAUAGUUUUGAUCGUAUUAUGACCUUCCGAGACCCUUUCGAUGCUCUACUGGAGGACCCAAAUUCAAACUUUGGCAAAUUUUGCAGAGCAAAGUACGUGGCGGUCGUGCCAUCGAGGAUGGAAAGCUCUUUUUUCGGCAAUUCGGACCAAAGGGAAUUCGUAUUGAGAGGCGGGCAUCCAAGGACGCCAUUUUAUCGAGUGUUUGUGGGAAUGGCGAGAUGGGUUUGGGCGUUAAAAGUGAUUGCUCAUUCUUUCAUUCCAAAAGCCGAGGUUUUUUAUGUUAAAAGAGGUAAAAGAUAUUCAAAGGAAUAUAUGGAGAGUGUAGUCCCUAAAGUGAUGCCCGAGAAAGAUGAGAUGUUAAGGGUGGAAUUCACGGUAAUGCCGGGAUUCAGGAUAGGAGGCACCGUUAUUCCUUGCCGCGUUUAUCUGUCGAAGGAUGCAACUCCUACUGAGAAUCCGGCUUGGUAUUAUAGCUAAACUAGGUAACCUUUGGCCUUAGAUGUAGCCAUGUUUUGGUUUGUUUACUAAUGUUCUCUUUAAGUGAGGAUAUAUAGAAAUUAAAGUAAUAUAGUUAAAUUUAGAAUAUGAAAUCGAAUUAUGUUACCGGAAUUUCUGUAAAUCUGUAUAUGGAUUCACUAUCUGAUAAUUCAUCAUCUUAUAUUCUACUAUAUCUUGUGCUC